GACUGCCUAAAACUCUAGCAAAUAAUUAUAUUUUUCGUGUGCUGAAAGAAAAAAUUGAAUAAAAUGAAUCGCGUGAAAACACGGACUUCAAAAACCGGCGAAAUUGUUGCGUACAGUGAGGGCGCCAUUCGCAACAAUAUAUCUGCGGUCGAGUAUUGCCGUACGUCAAUGGCUGCAAUCUCCGGCUGCGCUGCUGGCAUCUUGGGACUGAGCGGAACCCUUGGAUUCCUCUUUUACUUUUUGUCUGUUUUCGUGCUCUGGCUGCUGGUGCUAGUCAAGUCGGGCACACAGUGGCGCAAGUAUUUUAUUAAUCGCAAAAACCUACUGACGAACCAAUUCAUGGGCGGCCUUUGCACCUACGUGCUCUUCUGGACAUUCUUGUAUGGCAUGGUUCACGUGUACUAACAAACGGUGAAUUAUCUCCAUGCGAAUAGACAAAUAAACAUAGCUUAAGAUUCGGAUAGGCAAAAUGGA